CUCCCGCGCGCACAUACGGCCAUGGCGGAGGCCUCCUCGCUGGGGAGGCAGAGUCCUCGCGUGGCCUCCUGCCUUGCACACAGCCUGUGCCCCAGGGAGCCCAGCUUACAGACGACAGCAGUGGUGUCCAUGGGCUCUGCAGACCAUCAGUUCAACCUUGCAGAGAUCUUGUCACAGAACUACAGCCUCCGGGAGGGGUGUGCAGAAGCCUCAAGGUGCCCUGAUAAGCCCGAGGAAGAGCUGGACAAGGACUUCAUCUCUCAGAGCAGUGACAUGCCUCUCGAUGAGCUGCUAGCACUCUAUGGAUACGAGGCAUCAGACCCCAUCUCAGAGCAGGAGAGUGAGAGCGGUAAUGCAACUCCCAACCUCCCAGACAUGACACUGGACAAGGAACAAAUAGCGAAGGACUUGCUUUCAGGGGAAGAGGAGGAAGAGACACAGUCCUCGGCUGAUGACCUCACCCCAUCCGUCACAUGCCAUGAAGCCUCUAGCCUCUUUCCUAACCAGAGCGGGUCCCGCUUUCUGGGUAAUGAAGAUAAAGAUCCUAGCUCUUCAGCUUCCUCUGACACUGAGGAGGACUCUCUUCCUGCCAACAAGUGUAAGAAGGAGAUCAUGGUGGGGCCUCAGUUCCAAGCUGACCUUAGCAGCCUGCACCUGAACCGACACAGCGAGAAAAUCUAUGAGAAUGAAGACCAGCUGCUCUGGGUCCCCAACAUCCUCCCAGAGAGGGAGGUAGAGGAGUUCCUGUACAGGGCAGUGAAGCGGAGAUGGCAUGAGAUGGCUGGCUCUCAGCUCCCAGAGGGUGAGACCGUAAAAGACAGUGAGCAGGCACUGUAUGAGUUGGUGAAAUGUAAUUUCAAUGUGGAGGAGGCCCUGCGAAGGCUGAGGUUCAAUGUGAAGGUGAUUCGAGACGGGCUCUGUGCCUGGAGUGAGGAGGAGCGCAGGAACUUCGAGCACGGCUUCCGUGUUCACGGGAAGAACUUCCACCUGAUACAGGCCAACAAGGUACGCACACGGUCGGUGGGGGAGUGCGUGGAAUACUACUUGUGGAAGAAAUCUGAGCGCUAUGACUACUUUGCCCAGCAGACAAGGCUGGGCCGGAGGAAGUUUGUCUCGUCUGGAACCACAGACACUGACCAAGACCUGGAUGGCCUUGACCCUGAUGGCACCACCCGCACCCGCCCUGAUCAGGAACCCCUGGCAGGGGUGCACACCGAGCCGCUGAGUGUGGAUAACAUGGCCAGUGGUCUUGGUCAGCCUGGAGUGGGCUCUGAUGGUCUCCCAUCCUUGGAGUCAGGGCUCUGCCCCUUCCAACAGCUGGAUGAGCCCCCCACUGUGCCCCUGCCCCAGCAGCCCCCUGCCCUGACUGACCCAGCUGAGUAUACAUCAGCCCCAGCUACUUCGCAACCGAAUGCCAGCCCAAGGCUUGCUGUGGACUUCGCCCUGCCUGAGGAACUGCCGCUUAUGUCCAGCCACGUGGAUCUGAGUGGGGACCCUGAGGAGCCUGUGGCCCCAGCACAGGUGGCCUUGUCGGUCACUGAGUUUGGACUCAUUGGCAUUGGGGAUGUGAAUCCCUUCCUGGCUGGCCACCCGGUGUGCCCGGCCCCUCCGCUGCACUCAGAGCCCUUGUCACACUGCAAUGUGAUGACCUGUUGAUCCCUGGCCACAGGCGGGUGUGGCGCUGCUGCCAGGCUUGCCUGUCAGUCUUCCUGACCCUCCCCUACACAGGCCUCAAGGGGCACCUUCUCUGCUUCAGAACACGACGGGACCCGGUGAAGUGGCUGGGUUGCUGCCCUUGCCCCUUGCACAGACUGGACCCAGGGCCAUGCAGACCCCGGGUCUCAGUGCCCGGCAUUACCACCCACCCCAGGCUGCCACCUCACUGUGGGAUCCACUGGGCAGCCAGGUGCAGAGAGGACCUGUCCCUUGGGACGCAGGGCAGAGCCAGCCACUUAGCCCCUUUCAGCCAGCAGAGGCAAGGGCAGGUGGCACUGCCCCUUGGGGGACAGGCAGGACCCGUGCCCAUACCAGCAGCCUCUGCCUGGGCACCUUCAGCAGGGCUUGAUCUAUUUCCCUACACUCGGUGGAGCUGGACAGCUGCUGCUCAGUGCUGGACUCCUGGGGCACAGAGCCAUAUACCUCGCUGCCUGGCCCACCCUGCCUUCUGCCAUCUCCACUUCAGGAAAAGCCGCACUUUAUGCCCCCAUCUGCCUCCUGCCUCCCUCAUCCUCCCCGACCCUGUGUGUAGGUCGGUUGGGCUGGGGCCUUCAGCAGCCCUGCGUGAGGGAGGAGAUGAUGAUGGUGACUAACCCUUUCCUUUUUCCCCUGUACCUUGUACCAGGGCAGGGAGCUCCAGAAGUGCUGGCCAUCACCUGUGACAGACACCAAGUCUGGCCUCCAGCCUGCCCAUGGCCCUGUAGGUCUUAUUUCUGUUAGAGGCAUCCCAGCAAGAUGGCUGGGGAUCCUUGUCCUCUUUUUGGCCUCCCUCGUUUUAUUUAUGUUGGUGUUUACAAGUCAGAGUGGGGUCCUUGGGGCAGGCAUCUCCUGCCCUGGUGUUGGCAGAGUGGUGCUGUGUUCGAGCCUCUGCAGCUGGACUCAACUGUCCCUCGCCCCACUGAGGACCACACUGUGAAGUGCACCUGCCUUUGCCCCUUUGCUGUUUUAUUUAUUAAACUUGGUUUG